UCAAGCUGGGCGGGGGUGGGUGGGUGUCGUGAAUCGCGGAGAUGGCGGACGGAGAUCUAGGCGGCGUCCCCGACGCGCUGAUCGACCCGGACGGCGUCUUCAAGUACGUCUUGAUCCACGUGGAGCCCGCGGGGCCGGGGCCGGGCAAGGACAUCGUCCGCGGCCACGCUUGGGCCGAAUACCACGCCGACCUCUUCGAGCAAGCGGCCCAGGAGCUGGAGAAGCGGGGCUUCCGAUGCCGGUGCCUGGGCGGCGGCCGCAUCUCCCACCGGAGCGCCGCCAAGAAGAUCCACGUCUACGGCUACUCCGUGGGUUUUGGCCGAGCAAAACAUGCCGUUGCCACAGAGAAGCUGAAGGCCAGGUACCCCGAUUAUGAAGUCACCUGGGCCGAUGAAGGAUACUGACCUUCUGACCUCACCUUUGCGACCGCACAGCAGCAAGCGGGCACUGACGUGGAAGCCAGGUGUGGAAAUCCUGCCGGCCUCCGGAGCUGUGCGCUGGGCUGCCCUGUGACCAAACCCGGCGUGUCUGUGCAUUGGUAGAAGGAAAAUAAAUGAUUGCGCUCGAUGCUUAAGGUGUCAUGUUCCCUCACGCCUCUUCCUGGAUCCAUUCGCUUCCUGUGAUGUCUAGAGAAACGACGGUGAAGGGAGGAAGAUAGUUUUUUAUGUUUGCGUAUGGACUGGAAAAACCACAGAGGAAGCCGCUGAAAUAAUAAGCAUGGACAUCUGCACCGUUUAGAAUGCAAACGCGCAAAGAUUGUCCUCAUCUGCUUGCCACAAGGGCUCCGUUUCGUGCGUAUACAAAGCAGCAAUGUUCCCAUGGCUGCUUGCACUUUGAAGUUGCUUUGUUUUCUUGAUAACUGUAGCCAGUCAGUGUCUUUUUUUCCUGGAAAUCUCAGUAGUUGUAACGUUUUCGUGUAACGUGGAAAGCUGUAGGAAGCUGCUUAGAAAGGAGAAUAAAGCGGCCCUGUUCUGGGCCCGAUCCAAAC